CGUUAACAUUUUUUUGUGAUUGUGUUUUGUGACUGCUUCGCAUCAAUUUGUUGUGAGUUUUUAUCAAAAGUUUACUGAAAUAUUUCACUACUAUAUCUUAGUGGGUUCUUGUAAUUUAGUAAAUAUUUUGCGACCUGAAAUUGCUUUCAAACCGCCAAGUGUUAUCAUAAAAUAAAAAAAGAUGAGUGAUUCCACAACAGAUAGUGGCAAGGUGAAGCGUAAAGAUCCGCAUCCGGUGCGGCGGGAGUUUGUGGCCACAAGCAGUUCACAGUACAAAUGCAUGUACUGCAACUGGACCACAAUAAUGAAUGCUACUCGGAUGGUGAAGCACAUCGUCGACCAGUGCGAAAGUUCACCGGAACAGGUGCGAGUAAAACUGAGGGCUAUCCAGCAAGCCACUCUGGAGAAGGAACUUAAUUCGUCCUUUGCAAGUGAAAACAAAAAGGAUAUUCACAAGCUGUUCAACGAAGACGAUAAUAAGAGAGUGUGCAUGUUUUGCCAAUGGUCAACCGUCCGGAAUCUAACUAGGAUGAGGAACCACAUUCUACAACAAUGCACGAAAGUUCCUCGCCACGUUAGGAGCUGUUUCCUAAAGCAGGAGUAUGAUGCAUCAGAGCCAACAAUUGAGUUGAAAAAAGAGAAUAGUUCAUCGUUAGAAACCUAUCGGCUGGUUACAGCAGAGGAUGAUGGCAGUCUUCAGGUAUUGGAAUCUUCUGCUGUUGAUGACGCCGAUCAAGAGAUGGAAGAAACAUACCUCGAGGUUCAAGAGCUAGAUGAACGUAACUGCGGAUGGUGUGAAAAGGCUGUCGCAUAUGAUAGCUAUGAGGUGGAAGAAGAAAGUGAAGUUUUUUGUUCAACACAGUGUUUUCGACGUCACACAGAAAGUACUCGUAAAAAAUCACUGCAAACAAAACCAGCGGUAAUAGCGGUAGAAAAGGAGCCUACCAAACAGCAGAGGCGGUUAUCUAGCCCACAGAAAGUAGAAUCGCCACCAGCCAAGACACGCAAGUUAGUUCAGGUGAAAUCUUUUCUGAUAAAACAAGAAAAUACACCAACUAGACGACGCGUCAGCCGAAGUGAGACCCCCACAUUUCAGGAGGUUGAUAUCGACUCGGAACCGGAAUCGACAGCAGUCCCGCAAACUCCAGCAAAAGCCCAAACGCAACCUGUGCGUGAAGUAGAAAAGGCAAAUAAUGUUCAGCUGGUCGUCAGAGCAAAACCGACUCCAGUGACGCCUGUUCAAAAACCACCAUCUCUAACGAACAAAGCUACAACUAAGAAACAGACGGAAGCCCUGGACGAAGGAUCCUGCCAUUCGUUCGCCGGUGGACACGUUUAUCCCCAGGAGGACGUCCGAUCAGCGGAUCACAAAUUGCAGUGGACUAAGGCGGUUAUUUCCCGACCGGCCCCGCAGUUCGAAGCAACCGCGGUUGUGGGCGGAGCGUUCAAGAAGAUCAAAUUGUCGGACUAUCGGGGCAAGUACCUAGUAUUUUUCUUCUACCCGCUGGAUUUCACCUUCGUCUGUCCAACGGAGAUUCUGGCUUUCUCGGACCGAGUGAAAGAAUUCAAGAAACUGAACACCGAAGUGAUUGCCGCCAGCAUCGAUUCUCAUUUCACUCAUCUAGCCUGGAUCAAUACACCCCGAAAGGAGGGCGGACUGGGAAAGAUCAACAUUCCUCUGGUUAGUGAUAUUACGCAUAGCAUUUCAAAAGACUAUGGAGUGUAUCUGGACGACUUGGGUCAUACGCUUAGAGGUCUUUUCAUUAUUGACGAUCGUGGUAUCUUGCGCCAGAUCACGAUGAACGAUUUGCCCGUUGGACGGUCCGUAGAUGAAACGUUGCGAUUGGUGCAGGCCUUCCAGUACACUGACAAACACGGAGAGGUAUGCCCGGCUGGAUGGAAACCGGGACAAGACACGAUUGUACCUAACCCAGAAGAAAAAAUUAAGUAUUUCGAAAAGAACCAUUAGGCAGUUGAAAAAAAAAUUUACCUCAACUAAAAUAAAUUUAAAAGAAUGCGAUUGGAUCAUAGGAUUAGUUCUAAAUAUACAACUUUUAAUUUUU